CUGGGCAUCAGCCCUCGGCGGAAACUCGGGGUCCUUGGAGCCCUGGAGAUCCUCUCCCCCAUCCCUCCUGUUUUACAGAAGGGAAAACUGAGACGCAAGGCGAGGCAGCGGCCGGGGUGGAGCAAUCUCCUAGAGCGGUGGCCGGGAUUCGAACCGGGCCAGCCAGACCCGGUCUUUGCUCCAGGGCUUGAGUAACGCAGCCGUGGGACGGCUGCGCGCGGCCGUGCCGUCCUCCGCCUCGGAGGGAUCGGCUGUGGUCUCCCUUCGCCCUGGCUUCCCGGGAGCGCUGUGUAAGCCCCGAGGGGAGGAGUCGGUGUGCCUCAGCCUGCACGCUUGUGUCCCCUCGCCCCAGUCCAGCUGUGACAGCGUGACAUCGCUGCCAGCAGCCUCACUCCCUCUUCCUGACCUGCUUUCUCCGGAAGAUGCUCCUACCGAGGGUGUCCAACAGGCUCCUGGCCCAGUUGGGGAAGAGGAUGGGAAUUCUGUGGUGUGUCCUGAGCCUCUGCUUCUUUGGGAUCCUGCAAAGUGAUGCCUCUGAACGCUGCGAUGACUGGGGACUUGAUACCAUGAGACAAAUCCAAGUAUAUGAAGAUGAGCCAGCUCGAAUCAAGUGCCCACUCUUUGAACACUUCCUGAAGUUUAACUACAGCACAGCGCAUUCGGCCGGCCUUACGCUGAUCUGGUAUUGGACUCGGCAGGACCGGGACCUUGAGGAGCCAAUUAACUUCCGCCUCCCUGAGAACCGCAUUAGUAAGGAGAAAGAUGUGCUCUGGUUCCGGCCUACCCUCCUCAAUGACACAGGCAACUAUACCUGCAUGUUAAGGAAUACUACAUAUUGCAGCAAAGUUGCAUUUCCUCUGGAAGUUAUUCAGAAAGACAGCUGUUACAAUUCUCCCAUGAAGCUCCCAGUGGAAAAACUGUACAUAGAAGACGGCAUUCAGAAGAUCACUUGUCCAAAUGUGGAUGGAUAUUUUCCUUUGACCGUCAAGCCAAACGUCACUUGGUACAUGGGUUGUUAUUUAAUAAAGAAUUUCCAUAAUGUACUGCCUGAAGGCAUGGAGUUAAGUUUUUUCAUUCCUUUGACUUCAAAUAAUGGAAAUUACACGUGUGUUGUUGCAUAUCCAGAAAAUGGACGCAUCUUUCACCUCACCCGGAGUGUGACCGUAAAGAUAGUAGGCUCUCCAAAAGAUGCAUCACCUCCUAAGAUUCAUUCCCCCAAUGAUCAUGUGAUCUACGAGAAAGAACCAGGAGAGGAGCUCCUCAUCCCCUGUACAGUCUAUUUUAGCUUUAUUAAGGACUCUCACAAUGAGGUUUGGUGGACCAUUGAUGGAAAAAAACCUGAUGAUGUCACAGUUGACAUAACCAUUAGUGAAAGUGUAAGUUAUUCUAAAACGGAAGAUGAAACAAGAACUCACGUUCUGAGCAUCAAGAAAGUUACCCCUGAGGAUCUCCGGCGCAACUAUGUCUGUCAUGCUAGAAAUGCCAGAGGAGAGGUUGAUAGAACAGCCAUUGUGAAACAGAAAGCACCAAGAUACACAGUGGAGUUGGCAUGUGGUUUUGGAGCCACAGUCCUGCUGGUGGUAAUUCUUAUUGUUGUUUACCACGUUUACUGGCUGGAGAUGGUCCUUUUUUAUCGGGCUCAUUUUGGAACAGAUGAAACCAUUCUAGAUGGAAAGGAGUAUGAUAUUUAUGUAUCCUAUGCAAGAAAUGCUGAAGAAGAAGAAUUCGUCUUACUGACCCUCCGUGGAGUUUUGGAGAAUGAAUUUGGAUACAAACUGUGCAUCUUUGAUCGAGACAGUCUGCCUGGAGGAAUUGUCACAGACGAGACCUUGAGCUUCAUUCAGAAAAGCAGACGCCUCCUGGUUGUCCUAAGCCCCAACUACGUGCUCCAGGGAACCCAAGCCCUCCUGGAGUUCAAGGCUGGCCUAGAAAAUAUGGCCUCUCGGGGCAACAUCAACGUCAUUUUAGUACAGUACAAAGCUGUGAAGGAGACGAAGGUGAAAGAGCUGAAGAGGGCUAAGACGGUGCUCACAGUCAUUAAAUGGAAAGGGGAGAAAUCCAAGUAUCCACAGGGCAGGUUCUGGAAGCAGCUGCAGGUGGCCAUGCCAGUGAAGAAAAGCCCCAGGCGCUCUAGCAGUGACAAGCAGGGUCUUUCCUAUUCAUCCUUGAAAAAUGUAUGAAAGGGAAAUGAAAGGAACGAAAAGAACAAAGGGUACUCCUGGAAGGAAGAGCUUCCCUCUCAUCACUGCCAGUUCUUGGUUUAAUAGGCAGAAAAAUAUUCUGUCUAAGCCUCCUCAUGGGGAUAAAUUCAGGGUGACUGUAUGGCUGGUUGUUCUGUUUCUCAGGCAAUACAAAGGUUUAGAAUGAUACUGUCAACAGGUUGUCACCAGUGUCUGAUGUCACUACAUAUGUUUCUUGCAGGCAGAGACCUGGUUGAUGUGAAUUUCCCCCUCCCCCUCCUCUUCUCUGCCCCUCCCCUCCCUCCCCCUUUCUCUCCCACGCCCUCUCCCUCCCCUCUUUCAUGUUAACAUUAUGGAGCAACCUUGCCCAUAGAUUUAAAGAUCCUCUGAAGAUACGUUACCUGUUAUCAGGAGUACUAUGAAUACAGGUUUUUCUUUUACUUUUUUACUUAUCCAUUAAAACAUUUAAAAUGUAAUCAGGGCAUAAAUUCAUUUUAGCUGAGGAUGAGUUUGCUCAUUUGGCUAUCCACCCCUGCAAGGAUCACACCCACUUAGGGUGGUAGGAAACAGUGUAAGUAAAAAUGUUCCUUGUGAUUGAUUUAAGAACAUGCUAGAUCUCCUCCUGUUAUUCCACAUUGUCCCUCAGCUCAGGUACUUAACAUCAUGCUUGUAAACUUGAAAACGCAGGCCAUACUUUUUGUUUUGUUAUAGUCAAUUCCGAGUUAUCUACAGAUGGAAUUACAUUCCUGCGUCUAACUCCUAAGUACUUACAUCAGUCAUUCGUAGUCUGCAGGUAAAAAUCAAAGCGAAACAGAUGUUGCAGGUGGCCCUGCACUUGGUGCAGUCUGAGAGGAAACCCCUAAUGGUGCUAAUGGACAGCAAGACAGCAGCAAAAUGCUUUUAGGGCCUUUUUGACUUUUGGAAAAAGCACAGAAGAGGAUGCUGGGCAAUUUGUUUUUUAAUCCUAGCCUCGCUAAUGUGAAAAUUAGAACAGUGAUUUCUCCUCAUUUGUUUGUGUCCCUUUAUUACAAAUUUUAGCGGGUAGAUUCAGUGACCUUGAGAGGUGCUCACAGCAUUAAUAUUCUAAAAUAAUUAAUUGUCCUUCCCGUAAUUUAAUCACCACUACAAGGUAAUGCUUUAUUCCAAAUAAGUCCACCUAAAAGGUUACCAUCAAUUUAACUUGCUUUUAAGUGAAAUCUUACUAUAUGCCAGAUUUGGAAACAUCAGAUCUAAGUGCAGGGUUUACAGAAUAGUGAAUAUCUGUGGUACAUGUAGAAUGCACAUACACACAUAUUCAUGCAGAUAAAAUUUAUAUAUGGGUGUGUGGAUAUAAAUAUCCAUAAUUGGUAUGUAUGUAUGUGUGUUUCUCUCUAUGCACAUGAAUUAUCUAUGUGUACGAUAUAUAUCAUGAUCAUUGGAACAGUAUUACGAACCACUAGAACUUUUGUGUAGUUUUUCAAUUGUUUGUGCCAUUAUGUGUCUGUGUCGGUAUUUUCAGUUCAUUAAUAUUUGUGAGCUCCCAGCUCGGAGAGUGGUAGCUGCCGUUAGUUCCGGCCUUAUUUAGAUUAGCGUAAUAACUUACUACCGCCUGCGCUUGAUCUGGUGCAGUUGCGCACUGCUCAACCACAGUCUCGUUCCUAAACUCUAGACGGUCUUCUGGUAUUAACUGAUUUUCUAUAAUAUUCCCAGCAGAUACAUUGAGAAACCAAGCUAUGUUAAUCUCAGUGCUCAGUUAUGGGAACUGUUGAAUAAUACAGAAGAAUAAAUAUACCUAUAAUUGUGUCUGAGUACCUCAGGAAGCACAAUAAUCCACAGGUUAAGGAAAGCUCUUAUCUCAGUAGUAUAAAUGUGAAUAAGCAACUCUAAAAUUAUGUUCUGUAUUUUAUUAUCCUUCGACAGUGUUAGAGACCUUAAUAAACCAUUUCUCUAUAUGCUUUAUUGAUGAUUUUAAAAUGAAAAAAAGUUUCCCCUCUGAAAUCUUGACAAAAAGUAUGGAUACAGAGUCCUUCUUCAAACCAUUAUAUUUAGAUUUAUUAAUGCUUUUCUUUAUUGCAAGUCGCUGUUAUUCCUCCUACUAACUCUAAUCACAAUACCAGAGGAGAAUUGACUCCAGAUAAGAUUUCAACAUCAUUUUUUUUUUUUUUUUUUGCAUGAGCUUUAGGUAAACAAGGGAUAGUCUCACGACUUGGGGGUUAUUCUUUUGUUAUGCUGCAUUCCUUUUGCACUUUUCCAUUCCAUAUUUACCCCAAAUCCUGUUGGGUGCUCCUAGAAAUUACUUAAUUUUUUUCUAUUUAUAUUACUCUGUCUGGUACUGAGCUUUUCCAAAUGCUAUAAUUAGAGCCUGUCAACUCUAAGUAAUGUGUCUCAUCCUAAGAGAACUUAGUUUCCAGUUUUUGGUUUUUUGUUUUUUAUAUUUCAUAAAAUGCCCAGUAAAGAUUAUUUGAGAGUGAUGGGGAUACAUAUUUAUAAUUUAGGAAGCAAGAAUAAAUCAUGUCUCUUAAUUUAAAGGAAACUAAUGGUUUUAAAUCUAUGCUGUAAGGAUCUUCUGCACCCAGGAUAACAAAGAGCCACGCUACAUAGAGUGUCUAAUUAUAUGAUCACAGUUUAUUGAAUUCUCUUUUGUACUGUAACUUAGAUGACUCCCUAGUAUUCUAAUAAAAAACAUUCCAUUGUAUUGGGAAA